GAAAAAAAUCAAAUUAUUACUCUCAAAAGGCAGUGCCGUGCCUGGCUCAAAUUACCAAUCGGCUUCGCAGGCUGAUUGAUGUAUGCGUACUACUGAAUGAUUGCUUUAUGAGACAUAUACUUCCAAUAUCAAUUUCUCAUCUUUCAUUAUCAUCCUCAACAAGAAACAAUCAUUUUUAAUCGUAUCAUCCGAAUCACAAUCGACUAUCGGAUCAAGAUCACAUCGUCAACAAAUCAAUAAACGGCGCUUAUCCAUUCACCGCAUUCUACUUUUUAUCGUGUACACUUUUUUAAUCAGCUCCGGACUCUAAAAUAAUUUUGACUUUCAUCUAUUAACCAAUCCGACUUCAUCUGAACAAUCAUCAUAUUGCGCAGCUUCAACUUCCUAUUCACCACCAAUCCAUUUGUACUUCAGGCCCACAACUAAUCUGCAAAUUCCACACAAAAUGGCUGCGCCAAUGGUCAUCGACGAUUCGACAUCCGAUCAACAGAAUCCAUCUCCCACAGAGUUGGCAUUCGAGUUGAACCCAUAUUUGCAUUCUAUUGAACGUGUUGCUGCAGACCAUGGCUUACAACAUGAUUCGGGUGUCUCAUUCGGCGGAUCGACAAGCAAAUCACCUAAACCUGUUGAAUCUACAGCAGGCACAGGCUCAAACGAACAACCCAGAACCAGUAGGUUCUUGAUGACUCCAGCAGGCUCAUCAGCCAGUCUCAAACGUCCAAGUGUUUCAUCGGCAGAAGGAUCACAUUCUCGCGUAAAACGAAUGAUCGAAAGUCCAACAUUGACGGGCGAAUUUGAUGCACAAGAAGAUAUAUGGGCAGAUGUGUCUAGAAGAUUGAAACCUUUUGGUGAUAUAUUACGACAUGAAAGGCUAAGGACAGACCUAGGGAAUACAUCAUUGGCAGAAGACUGUGUGGGCUUGCUAACAGAAUCCACAAGACGUUACAAGUCCGACUCUAUCGCCCUAUCGGAAGCUCAAGUAGAAAUGAUGAGAAUCUUGGCAAAUCUCUGUAUAGAUCAUGAUGAAAAUCGAGAAAAGCUGUUGACAAAGGGUGCACCUCAAGGGAUAUCUGUUUUGCUGCAAACUAUACUAUCUUUGGAUGAUCAAUCUUUCAGAUCGGGCAUCACUACCGUUUUACGAACAGCAGCCGGAGCAUUGCUAAAUCUUCAAUUGGAUCACGCUUCUACACAAGCAGCUUUACGAGCUGACGAGAGAUCGAUCGGAAUGCUGCUCAAGCUAGCGACCGAUGUGCGAGUGUACGAACUAGGAGACUGGUAUCGACCACCUCGGAAUAAGAACGAAAAUACAGAAGACUGGAAGAAGCAUGUAUCAACAGGAUCAAGCGUUUCAACAUGGGCUUGGCGCAUCAUUCAAGACGUAUGCUCUGGCGACGAAGAAGAGGGAAACGCAAAGUCGGAGAAUAUGGAAAAGACGAGUUCUUCGGACGAAGGCGAAAAGCCAAUCGAAAGCUUGGUCACAAUCGAUCAACCUGCUAAAGUGGCAAACCUUCUAAUACAUCCCCUUCAGAGGCUUUUACCGCCUUCUUCAUCCGACAUGACAUUCCAAGGUAAUUGGGAUGCGGAUGAUGUUUCCGAUAUGAUGGAAUCUGAUAUGGAUAUCGUUCAAAUUGCGACGGAACUGAUCGAAUCAUGCUCUCUUGAUUCUAAGCCAUUCCGUGUCUCGGCUUUAGAAAAGGUUGAUUUCGAAGGUCAACAAAGUACCAUCUUGGAAUUCUUGGUUCACUUCGCCGACUCUGCACAGAGCCCGGAUGCUUGGUCUUUCGACAGAGAAGAGAGCAACAAUCUACCACCCAAACCCAGCGAUGAAGAAGCGGCCAAAGAGGUGAUCACAAAGUUUUCUAGAGCCAAAGCAGCAAUAUCCCGGGCGAUCGUAUGCAUUGUUGGAGAAGAUGAGAAUAUGACGAAAUUGUUCGAGGGCCAAGGCUCAGGUCAAGGAGGCUGGUUUACCGAAAAGAUGAAGGAAUGGAUGGAACGAGAUGCGAAAGAUCGGGAUGAUUUGGUUAGCACGGCAAUGUUGGCAGUGGGCAAUCUGGCGCGCAAAGAUGCUCAUUGUAUCGCUUUGGUACAUGAACAUCACAUCGUCCCUACCUUGACACGGCUAUUAGAUCCCUCUGCUGAUAUCAAAGUAGCUCAUGGCACUAUGUGUCUGCUCAAAAAUCUAGCCAUCCCAAGUCAGAACAAGCGGAUAAUAGGUGCAUCAAAUGAUCUCAUCUCCCGCCUUGGUGCUUUCUUGGACAAGAGCAGAGACAAUGUUCAACCUUUGCAAUUUGCUACAGUUGGUUUAUUGAAGCAUUUAUGUUCUGCUAAUGUCGACAAUUCGUUUGACUUUGUCCUUGGAGGUACACUACCUGCUCUGCUUGACCUGAUUCGUCGAACAGAUGAUGUUCCAACACGAAUGGAAGGAACAAGGGUCCUGGUGAAUGCAGUAAAGUCACUUUGGUCAUCAGCAUUGACACCUGCCGCAAAUUCAAGCAAUCAAACGGUCGAUCCAAAUGCCCGUCAGAGAGCAAGACAUGUUUUGACAUGCGAGCCUGUAGUAUCAGCAUUAUCAGAAAUGGUGAAAAACAGUACGAAAUACCCCGUUUUGGUAAACGAAGGUAUUUUGGCUCUUACAUUGAUUGCUGCCAGUAUAGAUGAUCAACUAUCGAGUGGAGCACAAAUGGUUGCCAGGGCUUUGCAAACGAUUUCUUCGCCAAGGCGCAAAUCAAGUGCUGCACCAGUAGGCGGAAACAACGAAAGCUCAACAACAAAUGAAAGUAACGAGCAGCUUCCAAGGUUACCUCAAAGACAAACCACUUUGGACGCCUUGGCAUCUGCUGCUCCAAACGCUUUACCCGUCUUACGAUCAGGUGCAGAUAUGAUUGCUACCGUUUUGGCUCGUCGUGAUGCACGAAUGCCGCCGCAAUUUGCCAAUAAUGCAUGUGCUUUGGUACAAGCAUUAGUCGCACCACAUCAAUCGACAACAGCAGAUGAAACCGUUUCAGCUCCUGAGACCAGUGAUCCGGUUCAAACCACGCCCAAUACUAAUGAGGGCGUUGAUGCAAUUUCAAAUUUGCUACAAUCUUUACGUCCUGCUUUGGAACAAUUGAGUACAGUAGGACCACAAGAAUCUCUACCGAUCGCUCAAAAAGCUUUGGAUAGCGUCAGAGCUUUCUUGAAAUAAUACAAAGCAAUCUCCCUUUUUUUAUUAUUCUCUCUAUCUGUGCGACAAGAGCACCUUUGUAUUCACACCUAGCAAUUUACUAAUAUGACAUGCUUUAUAUCUACAAAAAAUCACAAACG